CAAACCAAACCUGAGUCCCUUCUCCCAAAAGCCUCCCAUGCCCCUCCUCCCUGCUCCGGCGAAAUGCAGAGAGAGAGAGAGGACUCUGGGCGCUUGAGCUGCUGCUCCAGCUCUAGCACCAUCCAGCGUCCUCGGCAUCUCCCCGCGCCCUGCCUCUCGCUCUCCUUCCCUCUGCUCCGCCGACCGGCUUGACCUCGACCUGUCCCCUCAUCGCUGUCGGCAGGGGCUCAGAAGCGAUGGAGCCCUCGCCGUUGCGGGUGGCGGCGGAGGCCGCCGACCCGCUGGCCUCCCUUCCGUCGCACUUGCUGGACGAGAUCCUCAGGCGCCUCGACAUUCGCGACGCCGUGCGCACCUCCGCGCUCUCCCGCGACUGGCGCCGCCGCUGGGAGUCCGUGCCCGGGCUCGCCCUGUCCUUCCCCGAGGACACGCGCCCCUGCGUCGUCGACCGCGUCCUCUUCCAAUACACCGGCCCCCGGGUCUCCCGCUUCGCCUUCCAAGUCGACGACGCGUCCGCCUCCCACGUCGACCACUGGCUCGUCGCGCUCUCCCGCCGCAGCGUCGAGUCCAUCUCCCUCCGACCUCACGCCCACUUCGACGCAGAGGACAUCAACCUCCACUCCUCCAUCUUCGCCUGUCCACAUCUCGUGUCCCUCCACCUAAAGUGGUGCGGCAUUCCGCCCCUCCCCGUGGGAUUCGCCGGCUUUCCUGUGCUUGAGGAGCUAUACUUUGCCUAUGUCACGUUCCCAGAUAACACGGAGAGGCAAUUGCAGGCUAUCAUUGGUGGGGCGCCGCUGCUUCGUGUCCUUUCUCUCCUCGAUGUGUACAACUAUGUGGACUGCGUGAUUGAGGCGCCCAAUCUCCAUAGCUUGACACUUGGUUUGGAGUUUGACAAUGUCUAUCAUUUUGGGGAGCUGCCGUGCCUCCACGAUGCCGAAAUCGUUUUGUCAGCUUUUUCGGAGCCGGGACAUAAUGUAGGAAGGUUCCUCGCCGGAGUUGUGCAUGUUCAGGAGCUCACUUUCAUCUCCUCGUUAGAUGAGGUUAAGAUCGAUGCAACUCCAUUCACCUUUUACAACUUGAAGAGCUUGAAACUAUCGACGCCCUUUACUGCCAUGAACCCUAUUGUAUUCGUGUUUCGCUUACUAAGGAGCUCCCCGAACCUUGAAAAACUUAAAAUACAGAUAGUAGAGGAGGGAAUGGUUGUAGAUUGGGAGUUCCUUAAUGCACAGUGGACUGAUGGCAUGUGCGCCAAACUUCAGAUUGUGCAGAUAAUUAAUGUUGCUACUCAUCGGUGGUUUCCAAUAUCUUUUAUGAAGCUUAUUCUCUCUAAAGCAAGCCUUCUUCGUACAUUGUCUGUGAAUGAAUGCCCAGGUUCUCAAGACGAUCCACUAAAUGACUUGCUAACAUGCAGAAGAGCUUCAGUUCAAGCUGAGGUUCUGUUUAAGGAAUCCAUACCCAAGUUCUCGGCCCUGUUUCUUUUCCGCGGCGCGGCACUGGAACAUUCUGGGCAACGCGCUCCCCACGCUGCGCCGCUGCCUGCCCACAGAAAGAAAUGAUGCCUCUCCAGACUUGACGAUACCCCUUUCAUUCCAGUGCUCUGCAUAUUCAGUUGACUCUCAAUUAACUCCUUUGGUUGAUGUUCUGCUAUGACCGCUUUGUUUACAUUAACUGCACUAUUAUAUGAAGUUUUACAGCCAGAACCACCAUCCAGUAGAACAAUACAACAAUGCUAAUUUUUCCCUGACAUAACUGUUCCCAUUCCAGUGUGGCUUCAGAUACAUACGGAGAAGCAGAACUUGGACUUGAUUCUAUUGAAAGCCUCACAUUUUCCUUCAUUGUUCACCAAUUACUCUGUUCCAUAUGGAUGUACGUUAUUGAGUUUUCAUAAUAGAGUGGGUUGGAUUGUGGUAGGUACAGGGAGCAAAAUAUGGAAGUAUAGAAAGUAAAAACUAUGUGUAGACAACAGAACAUUAUUGUGUAUUAGAUUCUCUGUUAUUCCUGUUCCAGUUUAGUUGAUAAAAACAUUUCUACAAAGGCGGCUAAUGGCAAUCCAACAUUUGCCUAGCCAGCACUACUCAUAUGCUUCCACUAACGGUUUAGGAAUUCGUAUCUUGGCAUAACCUUUUUACGAGUUUCUGUUAGAUGAUGAUUGGUCUACACAAGGGCAUUGGUCUCUGUAUGCCUUGCUAGAUUUGCUAUUUGCUUUAUGUUUGCUGUGAUGAAGUACACUUCACAGUAUGCUCUCC